GAAAUCAGCCAUGGCAGCAAAGUCAAGAAGGGCAGGGAGGCAGAGCAAAUGCUCGAGGGAUGCGCAGCUAUGAUCCGCAGGGCAAAGGACACUGCCCAUGGGUUUGACAUGCAGCCAUUCAAUUUCGGCAAAACAGCGUCUGCAGUGGAGGCGGAGCUUGAGUCGUCGCCGGAGAAGUCUGGUGGCCUGGGUUGGGAAGCCAGUUCGGAAGCCGCUGUUGAUCUCGGACUGGAGAGACUCGAGACCGCGAGUGUGAGUGAAGCAGGAAACCCCGCUGCUGGUGGGAAUGCUUCUGGUGCUGGUCGAGAGCAGGAUGACAAGAGUAAGGCCAAGCCCAAGACUCGAGAUGUUGGUCGUUUUCGAGUGUCCAGCUUCGAAAUGCAGCGAAGGGCUGUAAACAGCAUCACAAACGAGGCUAACAUUGCCCUGCAGUCAAGUGCAGAGGCCUUGGAGCAGCACGAGAGCAAGAAGGAUCAGUUUGGCCAUUUCAUUGCUAUCGUGAAAGUGCGCAGGGCUUUGUUUGAUGCUCUGACCAACAAGUCCAGCGAGGAUUUCAAGCGGCAUGUCGAGGAUUUGAAUGCAAAGGCCCUGUCCCUUCAGCCUGUGCCCAGGGCCAUGCUUGUGAAAACGCACGUCUUGGAGCAGUUGCAGGAUUCGCUUGAACAAAUCAUGCAGAAGGAGACGAAGGAGGAAAUCGAGAAACUCUGUUCCCGCUUAGCCGACCAGUGUACAAUUCACGUUCAGCUGCGGAACUCCCUGAGGAAUUCCACCCGAGACCUUGAGAAUGCAAUCAGGGCUGAUGUGAAGAAGCAGGAGCGAGUGUCUAGUGGCAGUGUGCCCUUCGUCAUCUCCAGCGUGGCUGAAAUCGACAAGCUGGUCAAGGAGAGCCCAACCCUCCGAUGCAUGCUGACGAACUUUGGGCAUCAGUUCCCAGGAACGCAGCUCUGCAAAGUUACCGGUCGAGCUCAGUGCCCAGCCAAGAAAGACGAGGCCACGGCGGCGCUGUUGAAGGUGAUGCUGGAGGCGACACCGUUCAAGAAGCCUGAUGCGGUGCUGAAGGACGCAGCCUACAAGGAGUUGGAGGGCAUGGCGUUCCAAGCAUCCUUGUUCGGCUUCACAUCUGAGAUGUCUUAUGUGGGCUUCGAGGAGCGUGGCUUGGGGCAACUCCGGUAUGUGUUGCAAGGCAGCAGACGGGUGAUCACAGCAUCGCCAAGGGCAGUCCAGGAGCGACUGGGUGGCAAGGGCGAUGCGCCGACAACGGCACAGGAUAUGAUCAACUUCUGGAAGUUCAUCGACUUGUCAAAGCAGACAGAUUGCAGUUUCAUGUAUGCCGGGGUGCAGAAUGCCGGGUCGCUCAUGUACAUCCCGCCGGGUUGGCUGCUGGCAGAGGAGGUCCAGAACGGCGAGAAGGUUGUGGGUUUGAGAGUCGGCAUCCUGCCGGAUGGGGCCGGGGACGCUGCAAACGCAUGUAGGAAUGAUUUCAAAGCGUUCGUCGAUCUUAUCCCCGAUGGCCAUGCGUAUGAGAAGCUGGCAAAGUUGGCCGAAAAAUGCAUUUCACAGGAAGCCUGA